AUGCAUAUCGCAUAUGCGCUUGUGGGCGACGAGCUGUGUGUGGCCAUUCUUUCCGACGACUUCGCGAAGCUCACGCUGCUCCUAAAAGACGGCAACAAUCCAGAUGGGCGCUGCAAGUUGUUUGGUACGCCUCUUCAAGCAGCAGUAGCAACGAAUCAAGAAGAGAUGGUUCGCCUUCUCCUGUCUUAUGAUGCCAACCCGAGUCUCAAAGGUGGGAAAUAUGGCACGCCGCUCAUCGCUGCUACUGUCGGAAGUAGGCAAAAGAUAAUCAAGAUUCUCCUCAAACAUCGCGCCGAUGUGUUUGCUUCAAAUCCCCAGUACGUGAAUGCGUUGUACCAAGCGGUUGGGAAAGGCGACAUAGCUAUCGCAACGAUGCUGCUUGAAGCCGGUGCCUGGAUGGGUAGGGAGUACGGAGAG